AUGGCUUUCUUUGAUCCUGCACCUAAGCCUAAGAGCCUUCUAGGCUACCACAGAGUAUUGGCACCCACUGCAGGCAUCAAAUGCUCACCCUUGUGCCUUGGUGCCAUGAACUUUGGCAAUGGAUGGAAAGAUUUUAUGGGAGAAUGUGACAAGGACACCAGUUUCGCUGUCCUUGAUGCUUUCUUUGACCUCGGCGGUAACUUUAUCGACACUGCCAAUGCAUAUCAAUGCGAGGAGUCUGAGGAGUGGCUUGGUGAGUGGAUGGAGAAGAAGGGAAACCGCGAUCAGAUGGUGAUUGCGACCAAAUAUACCACGGGAUACCGCUAUCAUGCUCGCGAUGCCGAACCCUUGCAGUCCAACUUUGUCGGCAACUCUUUCAAGUCGAUGCACAUUUCCGUCAACCGAUCUUUGAAGAAGCUUCGCACUGACUACAUCGACCUGCUAUAUGUGCAUUGGUGGGACUUCACCACUAGCGUUGAGGAAGUCAUGCACGGUCUCAAUGCUCUGAUCACUGCUGGCAAGGUUCUUUAUCUGGGAGUCUCGGACACACCCGCUUGGGUUGUAGUCAAGGCCAACGACUACGCCCGUGCUCAUGGUCUGCGUCCUUUCUCAGUCUACCAAGGCAAAUGGAAUGCCGCCUACAGAGAUAUGGAAAGGGAGAUCAUACCCAUGUGCCAGGACCAAGGCAUGGCAAUCGCGCCAUGGGGACCACUUGGUCAGGGCAAGUUCAAGACCAAGGAAGCUCGCAGCAAAGAGCACGAAGGUUCUGCUCGUGCUUCUAAGUCCAGCGAGCAGGAGAUCGCUAUUUCAGAUGCACUUGAGAAGGUCGCUGAGAAGUACAAGGCAACCAUGCAUGGAAUUGCUCUUGCCUAUGUCAUGCACAAGACUCCAAAUGUCUUCCCUAUCAUCGGACAGCGCAAGGUCGAACACCUGAAGGCCAAUGUCGAGGCCUUGAGUAUCAAACUCACGCAAGAAGAUCUGAAUGAAAUUGAGGCUGCGGCUCCCUUCGAUCCAGGAUUCCCCAUGACUUUCAUCUUUGCCGACAAAUUUGAUGUUAAGAACAACACUGCGGCAGAUGUCAAACUUACUGGAAUCUCGGCGAGGAUUGAUGCUCCUCCUAAGCAGCAGCCCGUUCCGGCUCGCUCUGAGGUCUAA